GACGUGCGGAGCCGACCGGGCUAGGCGGCGGGCCAGGCCGCGCCGGCCGCCAUGGGCAACCUGUUCGGCCGUAAGAAGCAACAGAGCCGGGUCACGGAGCAGGACAAGGCCAUCCUGCAACUGAAGCAGCAGCGGGAUAAGCUGAAGCAGUACCAGAAGAGGAUCACCCAGCAUCUGGAGCGGGAGCGGGAGAUUGCGCGUCAGCUCCUGCGCGACGGCAGGAAGGAACGGGCCAAGCUGCUGCUCAAGAAGAAGCGAUACCGGGAGCAGCUCCUGGACAAGACAGAAAACCAGAUUACCAGUCUGGAGACCAUGGUCCACAGUAUUGAGUUCACCCAGAUUGAAAUGAAGGUGAUCGAGGGGCUGCAGUUUGGAAAUGAGUGUCUGAAUAAGAUGCACCAGGUGAUGUCCAUAGAAGAGGUGGAGCGGAUACUGGACGAGACGCAGGAGGCUGUGGAGUACCAGCGGCAAAUAGAUGAGCUGUUGGCAGGAAGCUUCACUCAGGAGGACGAAGAUGCCAUCCUGGAGGAGCUGGACGCAAUCACUCAGGAACAGAUAGAGCUGCCAGAGGUUCCUUCAGAGCCCCUUCCUGAAAAGAUCCCAGAGAAAGUCCCCGUCAAGGCCAGGCCCCGACAGGCGGAAGUGGUGGCAGCCUCGUAACUUGUGUGGGACUCACGGGGAUUCCAGAGGACUGGGGCCCACAGAGUUUGGGUGCGUGUCCGGCUCUGACCGGGCUCCCAGGAGGCUGGCGCCGGGCCAGGUGGGCCGGGAGCUGACGGAGCAGCACAGCACACACAGGGCUCCUGAUCAGGAUGGCUCUACGGAGCGUUUCCCUGGCGCUGCUGUCUUGCUCUCGUUUCUGGAUUAAAUGGCAACAUUCAAACUCUCCAGCCAAACGCAGCUUCUGCAGCUGUGGUUCCCACGGGCCACGGCCAGGCCCAACGCUCCUGGUGCUGGUCACACCUCCCGUCCCGGGUCGCGCGGCUCCACGAGCCAGUGUCUCCGCCACCCUGUCUGCUGUGGAAGGCACAUCAGACCUGGCCUCCCCACCCUUUCCUUUCCCUUCUUCCUGCUGCUCCCAUUAGCUGGCAGGGCUUUGGUUAAGGGGACCCUCCCUUGGCCUGGCUCCCGGACGUACCCAGUUUCCAUGUAGACGUGGGGGUGGUAACCUCUCUGCUUCCACGUUGGCGUUUGUGGGUGGUGGACCAGGAGGGGUGCAUCCCUGCUGGAUUUUGAUGACUCUAGGAGGUCUGCCCACCCCAUCACUCCCGGGGCCGUACAAAGGCCCAGUCCUGCUGACAGACAUUCCAGGAUACCCGGCCAGUGUGGCUGCGGGUCCCCGAGCUGCCAGCUUUGAGCUGUUAGCAGCCAAGUGGAGACUGGGAAGGAUGGAAGUGACUUCCCUAGUUCACGGUUCGUUUUGGAAUUAGACAAUCUCCCUGAGAUUUCACUCCCAACAAGAAGACAAAGGGGACCCUCUCAGCCCCCCAGACAGGCCAGCCCCAUAUUAAAGUUGACACUCACACA